UUCAAUUGAUCUAAAGCAGGGCCUCGGCCGUGACGUCCUCCUUUUCAACCGAGAUCUGCUUCCGUUCAGACGGCACUCGGCAUUGUCCACACGGUUCGCCGUUCUUCACGUCCAAAAACCAACGAGUAAAAUCUAAACCAACAACAUGGGAAAGGAAAAGAUCCAUAUCAACAUCGUGGUCAUCGGCCAUGUCGACUCCGGCAAGUCCACCUCCACCGGUCACUUGAUCUACAAGUGUGGUGGCAUCGACAAGCGUACCAUUGAGAAGUUCGAGAAGGAAGCCCAGGAGAUGGGCAAGGGCUCCUUCAAGUACGCCUGGGUGCUGGACAAGCUGAAGGCCGAGCGUGAACGUGGUAUCACCAUCGAUAUCGCCCUGUGGAAGUUCGAGACCGAGAAGUUCUACGUGACUGUCAUUGAUGCCCCCGGACAUCGUGAUUUCAUCAAGAACAUGAUCACAGGAACCUCACAGGCUGACUGUGCCGUGCUGAUUGUGGCUGCUGGUACUGGUGAGUUUGAGGCUGGUAUCUCCAAGAACGGACAGACCCGUGAGCACGCCCUGCUGGCCUACACCCUGGGUGUCAAGCAGCUCAUUGUGGGUGUCAACAAGAUGGACUCCACCGAGCCCCCCUACUCUGAGGCUCGUUUCAACGAGAUCACCAAGGAAGUGAGCACCUACAUCAAGAAGGUUGGCUACAACCCCAAGGCCGUGGCCUUCGUGCCCAUCUCUGGCUGGCACGGUGACAACAUGUUGGAGGCCUCCGGCAACAUGGGGUGGUACAAGGGCUGGUCCAUCGAGCGCAAGGAGGGCAACGCCAGUGGCAAGACCCUGUUCAACGCCCUGGACUCCAUCCUGCCCCCCAAGAGGCCCACUGACAAGCCCCUCCGUCUGCCCCUGCAGGACGUGUACAAGAUCGGCGGUAUCGGAACUGUGCCCGUGGGCCGUGUGGAGACUGGUAUCCUGAAGCCAGGCAUGGUGGUCACCUUCGCCCCCGUCAACCUGACCACUGAGGUCAAGUCUGUGGAGAUGCACCACGAGUCUCUGCCCGAGGCCCUGCCCGGAGACAACGUUGGCUUCAACGUCAAGAACGUGUCCGUUAAGGAGAUCAAGCGUGGUAUGGUCGCUGGUGACAGCAAGAACGACGCUCCCAAGGAGGCCGAGCUCUUCACUGCCCAGGAAGUGGGUGCUUACAUCAAGAAGAUCGGCUACAACCCCAAGGGCGUCGCCUUCGUGCCCAUCUCAGGCUGGCACGGUGACAACAUGAUCGACGAGUCCACCAACAUGAGCUGGUUCAAGGGGUGGGCCAUCGAGCGCAAGUCCGGUAAAGCCUCGGGCCACACGCUGAUGCAGGCCCUGGACGCCAUCGAACCUCCGUCCAGGCCUACUGACAAGCCCCUGCGCCUUCCCCUGCAGGAUGUGUACAAGAUCGGCGGUAUUGGAACUGUGCCCGUGGGCCGUGUGGAGACUGGUAUCCUGAAGCCAGGCAUGGUGGUCACCUUCGCUCCCGUCAACCUGACCACUGAGGUCAAGUCCGUGGAGAUGCACCACGAGUCUCUGCCCGAGGCCCUGCCCGGAGACAACGUUGGCUUCAACGUCAAGAACGUGUCCGUCAAGGAGAUCCGCCGUGGCUACGUGGCCGGUGACAGCAAGAACGACCCACCCAAGGAGGCUGCUAGCUUUGUUGCACAGGUUAUCGUGCUGAACCACCCGGGCCAGAUCCAGGCCGGCUACGCGCCCGUGCUGGAUUGCCACACCGCUCACAUCGCCUGCAAGUUCGCUGAGCUGAAGGAAAAGUGUGACCGUCGUUCCGGCAAGAAGCUGGAAGACAACCCCAAGUUCGUCAAGUCUGGCGACGCCGCCAUUGUUGAGAUGCUUCCGUCUAAACCCAUGUGCGUGGAGGCCUUCUCUUCCUACCCGCCCCUGGGUCGUUUCGCCGUGCGCGACAUGAAGCAGACGGUGGCCGUCGGCGUCAUCAAGUCCGUGCACAAGACGGAGAAAGCCGGGAAGACCACCAAGGCGGCGCAGAAGGCCGCCGGUGGGAAGAAGAAGUGAUGGUCGCUUUACGUCUCACCGCGCCCCGCCAUCGCUACCGCCAAGGUCACGACCACAUCAGAGACUGGAAACUCGCCUUUCAACUUCGCAACCUUCGUUUCGGCCCUCGUCUGGUUACUCCAUAGUCGUAAGCUUCAUUGGAAACACUUCCGCAGGAAAAGUGGGACCGCGAGAACAAUACCAAAAAGGUCCCGAUGAUUUCAAAGCUGUUUACACCUAUGCCAAAAAAGGCAUGUGUUUUAAUGCCGUUGUGGAAUACGAAAAAGGAAGUUGACCAGAUGGUGCCUAAGUUAUUUAUUUAUUCUUAUUUAUUUACCAAGUGAUUUUACAGUACCACGUUCUGUUUUCACUUUUUUUUCUGGUAAAAAGGAACAUGUUCUGUUUUACUUCAGUUUUGAAAGAAUUCUGUAACAUGCGGACAGAAUAAAAGAAUCAGUAACAACA